AUGGCGAGCCGAGGCAAAGGCCUGGUAGGCUAUCAGAACGCACCCUCGAUGGAAUCGCACGAAUUACGCUUACUCGUGCUCGACUAUCUCAUCCACUCGUGCUUUGACGAGACAGCGCUCGACUUUGUCAGCGAUUGGCCCCCCAUCGAAUCGGAGGAGUCCGCAUCCGCAUCUGCAUCUGGCAAGUCCAAUCUAGACCAGUCUCCCUCUGCUAUCGUCGCCCGAGCGAUCUCAGCUUCAUACAGACAAAGGGAGGAGAGCAGUACGAGUCAGAUCGAUAUGGACAUCAACAGCGAUACGGCCGAGAUUGAUACCAUCACUGCUUCCAAUGGGCUCACUCAUCCCUUGACGCAAGAACCCAAGGAUGAUGCCGCUUUGGCCUCCCUGACCAGCGGGGGCGAUACUGCACGCGACGCCUUGUUCAGCCCGAGCUACUUCCACAACAUCAAAUUGAGAGCCGAUCUUCAGCGACUCGUUCGAGCAGGACGGAUCCAAAACGCAAUCACAAUCUGCCAAGAGCGAUUCCCGGGCGUGCUGUCCAAUGAGGCGCUCCACGAGUCUUACGUCACCACCACCGCCGCCAACAACGGCGUCAACUCAAACGGGAGCACGAACGGCGCCAGUGCACCUACGGGUCCUUUGCGCCCCCUGGCCUCCUCGUCAGCUUUCACUUCACCCGUCAUACAGGCCACCAGUAUCUUACCCCAAGCUGCCACCGCACUCGCCAGUACGCCAGCAACGGGCGCCAAUGCCUGGACGAGCACAGCAUCUGGUCUACCUCGUUCGUCGAUCCCCAAGCUAGACUCGUUCGAACGUCAGCCUAGUUUCCCUUUGACGAGUCUAUCACCCAUCCAUCUCGCUCUCAACUUACAAGUCCAGGCCUUCAUCGAGUGCAUCCGAUCAACUUCCACCGUGGCAAGUAAUGGUUCCGGGGGAGCUUCGGCCAUGGCAUUCGAGGGCAUGUCGCCUGCAGCGCCCAACGGCGUCGCAUCUCCCUCUUCGUCCAUUCACUCGCAAUCAACGGGCUCCACGGCUACCUCAGCAGGAAUCCUCAAUCGAGCGCUCAGUCAGGCACAAUCGCUUUUCUAUCUGGCGGGAGGCGCAAACAUAUUGCCAGAUCCCAACGAGCGAGCUGGCUUCCUCAAAGAGCUAGAAACAGUCGCCGGCCUGAUGGCAUACAGAGAUCUCGAACAGGCGCCCAGACCUGUUCGCGUCUUUCUCGAUCUCGACAGGAGGGAACGCCUUGCCCAGGCUCUCAACUCGGCUAUACUAGUGGUUUCUGGUGGAAGCGAGCAUGCUCUGUUGCAGCAAGCAGCCAGACAGACCACGCUCGUUUGGGACACAUCGCGCGAGAUGGUCAGUACGGCGCUCCAAGAAGAAUCUCGCGCAAAGCCAUCUCGUAAAGCGAGCAAGCAGCUGGAUACACUGCCCGCAAGCUUCAGCUUUCCGGAGCCCCGUUCAGUCUCGUUGUAUAGCACUGCAUGCUCGUCGUUGUACUCUCCUCCGCUCGUUCCGCGCAGGCUGGGUGCAAAGGUCGCAUUGCUACAUGAGAAGCUCUAG